AUGUCGUCCUCAUGGUCUCACACGGGCAUCGCGCCUCUCCUCGAGCGCAUGAAGUCGCAAGACGCUGAUUUCCGCUUCAUGGCCCUGAACGACCUCAUCACCGAACUUUCUAAGGACAGCUACAUCCAAAUGGAUGAUAACACCGAGAACAACACGCUCCGUCAGGUGCUCGCUCUCAUGAAGGACUCGAAUACCGAAGUGAAAAACAUGGUCGUUCGUUGCCUCGCCAUCCUCGUGCCCCGUCUUCGCGAAAAAAACAUGCAGCAUGUCCAAGACACUCUCAUCGAGUACAUCUCGGUCAACAACGACGAACUCAGAGACAUCGCUGCGCUUGCCCUCAAGACGGUUACGGCAAACAUGCCUGCGCGAUCAUCAUACGCCACCAUUGCGCUCAACAAGCUCACUCCAAAAUUGCUCAACCAUGUCGCAGACGCAUCUGCCUCGCAAGAACUUCUUAUCGACUCUCUCGACAUCCUAGCAGAGCUCAUCACUAAAUUCGCAGCUGUUGUCACCGGUGCAGCGUCUCUCCAGAACGCGCUGCUCAAGUCCGUCGUCCCUGCCAUGCGCCAUUCGCGUCCCGCAGUUCGCAAGCGUUCCCUCACUGUUCUCGGAGCCCUCGGCCCCUGCGCAACUUCCGACAUCUUCACUCAGCUCUCGGUACAACUCAGCUCCGACCUUGCGCCAAAGAAUGUCGUCGACACGCGCAAAACAGCUGUGCAGCUUAUUGCCAUCUUUGCACGCACCUGUCCACGAAGACUCGGUCGCCGCCUCCCUGAAUUCAUGCCUACGAUUAUCGAAACAGCAAAGUACGAUGACGACGAGCUGCGCGAGACUUGCCUCCAGUCCAUCGAGCUCAUCCUCUUACGCUGCCCGGCUGAGGUCACCCCGUUCGUGAAUGCCUCCAUUGAUCUGGCCAUCACGCUCAUCAAACACGACCCCAACUACGCCGGCUUUGACGAUGACGAAGAGAUGCGCGACGCCGACGACACCUUUGGCCAAGACGAUGACGAGGAUGACGACCUCAUCGAUGACGACUACUCCGAUGACGAUGACAUGUCCUGGAAAGUACGACGAGCAUCAGCCAAGGUCCUCAACGCAGCGCUUACCAGUCGACCAGAGUUGUUGACGCAGAACGUCGGCAAUGUCGCACCUAUCCUAGUCACCCGCUUCUCGGAGCGCGAGGAGAGCGUCCGCCUCGAGAUCCUCGACACCUUCCUCGCGUUGCUCAAGCAGAUGCAGCUUUACGCCGGUGGUCCACAAGCUACUGAAGUCAUGGGUUCAAGCUCGGUCUCGUCCGCGAAUCAGGCGGCUGCCAUCGCUGCUGCUGGCGUUCUCAAGCGCAAACGCAACGAGACUGAUGCUGAUCACGUCCAAGGCUCUCCGCGUAGCCAGCUCCUUGUUCUCGUACCUGCUAUUGCCAAGGCUCUCAAUCGAGAGAUCAUCUCAAAGUCGAUACCAACACGUCACAAGAGCUUUGUUGUGCUGCGCGAACUCGUCAUUGUCCUACACGGCGGUCUCGAAGCGCACAUUGGCACCAUCCUCGCGCAUACCGAAAAGGCUCUGAAAGGCGCAGAAUCAGCCGCUUCGGGAGGAUCCAAUCUCAAGGCAGAUGUACUUGGAUUCUUCCGUGUUCUAAUUCUCACGCAUGCACCAAAGAGCUUUGACGACCAGCUGCCUGGUCUCGUUCCCAUCCUUGCUGCCUCGAUCGAGGACAAACUCCACCGAAGCUGUGUCGAAGCCUUUCUCACCUGCUCGCAGCUCGUCUCGGUGCUUCGCCCCCUUGGUACGGCCGCUGCCGGUGCACAUGGUGCUCGUCCCGGCCAAUACAAGACAUAUCUGUUGCAGAUCUACGCUGCCACUGUGGCGCGACUCAACCGCCUCGACUCGGACCAGGAAAUCAAGGAGCGCGGUAUCGCCUGUCUCGGUGUUUUGCUUGCCCACGCCGGUGACGAUCUCGCAGAGAAGCACCGUGAGUGCUUUGACCUUCUCACGGCUCGCCUAACAAAUGAGGUGACGCGCUUCAUCACGGUCAAAGUCAUUACUCAGAUUGCUGCCUCUCCGAUUUGCGCAGGUGCAGCGUUCGAUGCCUUUUUACGCGACUCGAUCUCCGAGGUCGCAACGCUUUUGCGCAAGUCGAACCGCCAGCUGCGUCUAGCGGCUUUUGAUUGCCUUACAGCUGCCCUGUCCCGCUCUUCUACAAAAUUGGACACAGCUUCGUCCAAUUUGAUCCUGGCCGAGGUGCAGCCGUUGAUCAACACUGAUAUGGACAUGAAUCUGCUUCCGCACAUCCUGCGCAGUGUCAACCUGAUCCUGCUCAAUGAUCCAGCAACGCGCGAGCCGGUCCGUGUGUCGGUGCUGCCACACAUCUACUCUGUGCUCAGUCUACCCAUCGCACAAGGACUGGCGAUGGAGUCGCUACUCGAAUUUUUGCGACUUUAUGCCGGCGCUCAACCAGCCUCUGCACCCGAGACGGUAGAGGAGCUACUUGCUGCUCUUGAGGCCGCAAAGGGCUCUGUCAGUGGUACACACGUAUAUUCGACUGUAUCGCGCUGCAUCGGAGCCGUGUGCACGGUUUCCGACGCCGCGAGUGUCAAUGUCGCUGCCCAAGCGACGGCAACGCUCGAAAGUUCGAGCAACAAGGACACAGACGUGUACUUUGCCUUGCUGUUGCUGGGAGAGCUUGGUCGAUCCAACGACUUUUCCACCCAUGCUGGACUGCUCGACCGCGUCCUGCGCUUCUAUACAGCCGACUCGGAGGAAGUCAAGAUGGCAGCUGCAUUUGCGGUCGGCAAUAUGGCCGUAGGUGCGCUUGCGGUCUUCUUGCCCGCGAUCGAGCAACAUGUUCGCGCUCGCUCGGACGACAAGGCGUCGAGUCAUCGGUUCCUGUCAUUGCAUGCACUCAAGGAGCUCAUCACGCACGGAUCUGGCGAGCAGCUCGCUGUUGUGGCCGACCAGGUCUGGCCGGUGCUGUUCGAGGCAUGCGAGACCAAGGAGGAAGGCGUGCGCUCGAUCGGUGCUGAAUGUCUUGCGCGCUUGACACUGAGCGAGCCGAUAAAGUUCCUUGCGCUCUUGCAGGAACGACUGCGCUCGCCUUCCGCUUCGGUGCGCGCGACGGUGCUUGCAGCAAUUCGCUUUACGCUCUCUACCGAGUCUUCAGCGGCGUACGACGAGCUACUGGCGCCGGCGCUGGUUGACUUCCUCGCUCUGCUCAGCGAUCCCGAGCUCGAAGUUAGGCGCAAUGCAACAUUCGCUCUGAACUCGGCAGCGCACAACAAACCGUAUCUGAUUCGUGAUCAUCUCGUCACGCUUCUCCCUUUGCUUUAUGCUGAGACGCAUGUACGCACCGAAUUGCUGCGAAAGGUUUCUAUGGGGCCUUUCCAAAUCGUGACCGAUGACGGACUGGAUCUACGCAAAAACGCAUACGAGACCAUGUACCAACUUCUCGACUCGCUCUGGUCGCGUCUGCAUCUGCCGGAUUAUCUGGACCGCGUCAUUGCCGGGCUGUCGGAUUCGGACGACGGCAUCAAGACGCUGUGCUACCUGAUGAUCAUCAAGCUGGUCGAGUUGCGAUCGAGUGUUGUGCGCACAGUGCUCGGUGCAAGGUUGGAAGAGCUCGCCGAGCCAGUGGGAGCGACGCUGAGGAGUAAGUUGAAGGACACGGCUACCAAGCAGGAGAUCGAAAAGCAGGUCGAGCUCCAGAGGUUCAUCUAUAAAAUGCUCGUCGUGCUCACGAGGGAGCUCGAUGGCGUAGUGAGCAGUGUGGGGACGCCGAAAUUCGGCGCUUUGGUGCACGAGGCAAAGUGUGGAACAGCCACUGCGCUCGUAGGCGCAGGAGCACAGUCGGCUCAACCAGGCGCGCUCUGGAGGGAGAUCGAGGCGUCGUUGGCUUCUUCUUCAUAA